ACCAAACUCACACACGUUUUGGAAAUUUGUGAAAACAAUUGAACUGCAAUUUACUGGAAGACUUUUAAGUGAAAUUUUUUGUAUUUUCCUAGUGCAUUUGCGAAGUGAAAAAUUUUCGGCUUUAGACAAGCCGCUAGGCUAUUCGGCUUGUGUUUGCGUAGAUGGCAACACUGUAUACGCCGGCCAUGUUAUGAUAUGUAAAAGGUGGACGUCGACACGUGUUUAGUUCGUGCAGCUUCUGUGUGUGCUGAAAAAGAACAGUGAAAAUAACAAGAAAAAAACGUAUAAAAUACGCGAACAGUCAACCAAGCCACUGACAAACCAACCAAAAUAAUUUUCCACAGCGGUUACAGAAGAGCCUUCAAUAUUCAGCGAAAAUGGUAUCCGGUCGUCCAUUACUCUACUUGUCACUGCCCGGUGUAGCAUUCAUUCUGGGCGUGUUUUGGUUCAGGCGCCGAAAUAAAAAUCGUUUAGACAAGCCAGACGAUGAGGACAACACCAAGGAGUCGUCGGGUGGCGUUGUCUCCCCUGUGGAGGCGCGCACUGCAAACGGUGGCCUACAGAACGGUAAACUCCCGACGGGCUUUCUGCUGCAGGAGGCAACCAAAUCGAUGAAUAUCAAUGGCACAGAUGCCGCAGAAAAUGGCAACGGGAGUGGAAGUGGAAGCGGCAGCGACGAGAAGGAAAGCCCCAACACAAUGCUGUACGGAAAAUCGGCUCCCAUUAAGAUACAGAGCAAUGGACGGACUCCGCCGGGUGUACAUCAGCAGCAGCAGCAGCAGCAGAUCGACUCGGAGAUGCUCAAGUCAAAGAUACAGGAUGCCGAGCACAAGAAGCUCUGCUGCAUUGACGAGGACUUUGAGAAUCUAUCGUCGCCGCGCGAUCUACCAGAUUCGGUGAACACACGCGUCUCCUUCUACAAUCGCAAGGCAAACAGCAAGGUCGUCGAACCGGUGGUGAUCAAGGCCACACGCACCCCAAAGAUAUCGCCAGAGAACUCGUUCCUUGAGGCCACCUACACGAAGGAGUGCGAGCAGAACAACAAUUGCCAGCCAAACGACAGCAAGAAGGUGGCGGUGGAGGACACCAAGUGCAAGCCCAAGUCUAACCAAAAUGCCAAGGAGGCUGCUGUGGUAAGCCACCGCGACUGUGAUGAGCAGACAGAACUCAAGGAGACAGAUAGCAAUGGUAACCAGAAACGCAAUGUGGAUGCUGCCAGCCCCUCGCUCAGUAUUUGCAGCGUUCAGUCUGGGGACUCGGGCAAGGGCUCCAGCCUGCCCCGUUCAGAGGCGACACGUGUCAAGGUCAGCUACGAGUUUGUCUUCCCCGUCAGCCUAAUUGGUCAGCUGUACGGCCGUAAGCGUGCCUUUAUCAACCAGAUCAAGGCCAAGACCCAGGCGAGUGUGACGCUCAGCAAGAACCCAUGCACGAAUAAGCUGCGAAUUUGCAUUGUCGAGGGCACGGAGAGCGAGAUCGAUGCUGCCUUGUCCAUGAUCCGUCAGCGUCUGCCCGUCAAGCGCUAUCCAAACUUUACAAUGCAACGCAUCCACUUUGCGCUUCCACAAACCAUAGUUCCUCUAUCGGCGCAAAGCCUCUCCAAUCUACAACUUAAACUCUUUGAGGGCAUCAAUAAUGAUGUGGUGGUCAGUGCCGUGCUCUCUGGAUCGCAUCUGUUUGUCAAUCAUCCGCUGCAUCCCUCGCACCCGGCCCUGCCCAUGCUGCAGAAGCAGCUGUACGACAGUUACUCUGAAAUAGAGGCUCCUCUGCUGCCGGGCAUUGAGAUCGGUGCCGUUUGCGUGCUGCCUGUCAACGGGAUCUGGUAUCGCGUACAAAUCGUCGAUCUCGAUGAUGAGGAUGAGGAGCGUUGUGUGGUUAAAUUCCUUGACUUUGGUGGCUACAUGAACGUGAACCUCUGCGUUCUCCGUCAGAUCCGCACUGAUUUCAUGGUGGUGCCUUUCCAGGCAACAGAAUGCAUCCUGUCCAACAUUGAGCCCAUUGACGGUACCUGGUCUCUGGAGGCGAUCGAUGUCCUCAGCAAACUAACCAAAGGCAUUGUCUUGCAAGCACAAGUCGCCGGCUACAAUAGUCACAACAUACCAGAAAUCUUUUUAUUUGCUUCCCUAGGCCCCAAUAAUGUAAUCUUUCUCAAUAAGGAACUGGUCGCUAGAAAUCUCGCGAAAUGGGUGGAGAUGCGUGACUAACCUAGAGCCCUACUCAACAACAACUAACGCUAGUACCAACAACUGCUCCUAUCUGCAAAACACAAACAACAGAAAAACACACUUUAACAGCAAAGCAAAAAACAGUCAAAACCCCAGUCCAAAAGCAAAAAUCAAGCGCUUUGUGGAGUCUUCUGGCUCCGGAGGUGGCGGCGGUCAAGACGGUGGCAGGAUAUUGCUAAAAAUUUGCUAAGGAUUGCGGAUGAACUGAAGGUCAAAGCCAAAGUGCUCGCUGCCCCCUCCAUUAAACAAAACAAAAAACGUUAGUUAAGAUUUGUAGACUGCGACUGAGCCUAGAAAAGAGAGACCUCUCUAAUCAUACAUAAACCCCACAUACCUCCCUUCCAUCCUCCCCCAAAAAACACACACACACACACGCAUAUAUGUAUAAGACACCUCACUAACACACAUACACUCGUGCCUCCUGCAUGCAUAACUAUAUAAAAUUAUAUAUACAUAUGUGAGAGGCACACGCACCGUUUGUCUGCCGCCACAUAUUCUGUGUUGACUGCUGCCGCCUGCCUCGCAACCCAAACACACAACAAACAAGAAAUGUAAACCAAAUCGCAGGGUACAGGACUGCUGUAGGGCUUGUGUAAGAGGCACAACAAUCUAUCAAAUCAGGCAACCAACAAACAAUGAAUCAAUCAGCAACCAGCAAUCAGGAGAGCGAGCAGAGGCAGAGGCACAAAGGCAGGAAGGCAAAGGCAGGAGAGUGAAAGCAGUCGAACCGCUUAAGAUAUUACCAUACUCAGUUGUAAGUAGGUCUACUAUCUAGUGUAAAUAGUUAUUUUUAUAAAUUGAAUAACGAAAUGCAGAAAACACACAAAAACAAACAAGAAAGCAAACUAAACCCAAUAUCAAAGCGUUCGUUCAUGCGAGAAUCAGACACUAAAUGAAAACAAAAGAAUCAGAAUCAAAAUCAGAUUCGGAGAUAAAGAAAGAGAGACGAGAUAUUUGUAGUUGUACAUACAGAUAAGCAUAGGAAUGGAAUAUACAUGUAGUAUAUACAU